AUUAACGAGUAGUGUGGGUGGAAGGCUGCCAUCAUCAUCGGCAUGCCAAUGACGACGACGAUGUUUCUGCUGGUUGGUUGGUUAGUUGGUUAGAAGAUAGGACGUGACGACGAGAAAGGAGAAAGGAAAGAAAAACAGUUUUUAAUUAGAGGAACAACCGGGCCAGGACGACGAACACACAAUGGUCAAGUGGAGAACGAAUUGUGGCACAGGAAUUGUAGGUUUGGAGGGAACAGUGUGAAGGUGGAAAAGUGACCGAAGCAGAUGAAGAGGAAGUUCUCGAAGUAUUCAUCAGGAUUCGACGUAAAGCAAGUAGUUUUUGUGUCUAAAAGUGUGUAUAAAGAAAGAAAAAUCAUGAAUAUACCACCAACAAAUUCAGCGUGACGAUGAAAUCCUUUGGAAAAGUCAUCUAAAAUUGAAAAAGUGCAUCGAAGCGAAGUUUUAUCAAAAUCCAGAAAAAGCACCGACGACGUGAAGAACCAGAGUGAAAAGUUUAUCCCCACUGCUGAGAAAGAGGGGAAAAAUUCGAUUUGAGAAUAUCAAUUGAAGAGAAGACCGCCAGCGAUAAGGUGAAGAGGCAAAUAGAAUUGCAUAUAAAUCAAAAAAUAAUAAUGGAGCGAAAUUGAUGACCCAAAUUGGAUUGGAAAGUGAACCUGAGGUGUGCAUUUCGUGAGUGAGAGGAGGAAAAAUCAACUACCCAAGGAUUACAAGUUCAUUUAUCAUAGCGGGAGAAGAGAUAGUUGAAGAAGGAAAAAAAACUGCUGACAUUCAUCCGAGGUCUCCAGAGGCGAUCAUCAUGGAUUCGGUCCGUCGAAGCUCCAUCUGUAUUCGGCUUCCCAAACCAAACGACGAAGAGGAAAAAUCGAGAGAAAAAGCUAUCGCAGCCCAUAAAGCAAGUGAAAAAUAGAGUGCUGCUAUUUUUCUGUCUGUGUGUUUUGGUCCAAAAUAACCCGAGGGCCCUGAAAAAAGCAAAAAAGAAAAGAAGAGUCCCAUCAGUGCACAAAAUCUGUACACGCUCGAUUGAGAAGCCGAUGUGGUGAUUUAUGUGAGUGUUUAUAUGGAGCAAUAUAACCAGAGAGUCGUCCUUUGAGCAAAAAAAACGGUCCUUUCGAGGGGUCCUAUCGAAAAAAAAUAGUAGUAAUAUAAAAGUCGACUGUCUGUCUGCUUGUCUGGCAGCACUGCCCUACUCGUCACCCUCCUCGGUUGAUGAUGUAAUAUUGUUUGGUCUGGCAACCCUGCACUCUCGAAUGAUAAUAGUUUAUGUGAGCCAGUGAAGAGAUCCUCGACGAAAACGGACCAUACCGGAAGAGGAAGCAGUCUGCGGGAGGUCCCAGUCCCCAGGAGCCUUCAAAAGGCAAAAGAUCUCCCCCCGUCGCCAACGAAACAAAAUGAGAUAAAAUGAAGAUGAUGUCAUCAUCAGCCGGCUGUUUAUCAAUCGAACUCCAUCUCCUGCGACUGGUCCUCGAAGGGCCGUAGCAUUCACCGAACCCCAAUUUGUCCUUGUCCCGUUGAUAGCUUCAUUUUUUUGCGACCCCCCUCUCCGUUACCCCAACCAAGUUGUGGGAACUUUUCUGUGGAAUGUGGCCGAAUCGGUAGACACGCAGAUGCGACACCGUUACGCCGUACGAUCCGACGGCCUUGGCAGACAGCUGGCCAGGGUUAAACGGAAGCGGAGAAGAUGAAGGUCGACAAGGCCGUGUGUACGACGGACACGUACGAGGAUUUGAACCGGGCGAUCCGGUUCGAGGCGGUUUUUUCGACGCUGGUCGAGAACAAGAUCCUGGCGAUCAAGCGGGAGUGCGAGCUGAAGAAGCGGAACAAGAAGUCGCGGGCUUUGCGGAGGAUUCUGUUUGGGAGGAGGUCGUGCAAGAAGACGGUGGUGGGGAAGAAUGGGGAGGCUGGGAAGAGGAAGAGCAAUGGCGGGGUGGCGGUGGAGGGAGGAGGGGACGGGGAGGAGGAGGAGACGGGUGGGUUGGGGGCUGUUGGAGGAUUGCCGGUUCAGGAGUACUCGACGGUCAGCGAUGGAGUGGAUGAGGUUAUUGUGGAGAUUGGAGACUUUUCGUCGCUGGUCGAUGCCAUUGGAGGGGUUGGGGCGGAGGGGAGGGAUCGGGUUGAGGGGCUUGGAGUUGGGCGGGACGAUGACAGCACUAGUGGAGCCGUUGGAGGUAUGACCUUCGGCGAUGAGUUGCCUUCGAAGAGUGAAGCGAUAGCACAAUCAUUGGAGGAUGAUCGGAAGUCGAUCCGAUCGAACGAUGUCCGGUUUAGGGACCGGUGCGGCACCCUGGAACCGGUCAGCGUGUCCAUCGAGAUAGAGCCACAUUCCGAUCCGUUGAGCACCCAGUACGACAUGGAGGAUAGCGGUACCAACGUGUCCAUCGAGCUGGACGUCAGCGAGAUAUCCGAGAUGAAACGAAGCAUAGCUUCCGAACCGGUUCCGAUCAUCAAGAACGUUAGCAAGUAUCGAAUGACAUCGACUCGACAGCCGGCACUGCUGGGUACCGCUUCCCACAGGUUACGAGUCCUCGAGGCCAAGUCCAUCAGUGCCCAGAACAGUCCGGUUCUACCCCGACAAAAGUCAACCGAAGCACGCCAUCUUACGUUCAGCACCGCAACCUACCAGACGACGACAGCGCCGUCGACGAAAUCGAAGAAAGACAUCGAAGACACCUCAUUCGUGAUCGAUCUCAGCCGGAACGCCGAGGACGCCGCCCUCCCGGAAGCCGGCAACCUCAGCAACAGUAACUCCAAUGUGAUACCGAAGGAGAAGCAGCCGCAACCGCCGGACAGGCGGAGCAGCAGCAAAAAGCAACAGCAAGCCCUAGUCGAUAGCAGUAGUAGUAGCGCUAGUAAAUCCAAGCUCAACAAAUUGAACGCCGUCAAGCGGUUCAGCGACGUGCUCGUGUACGACAAUCCUCCUCCCCCGACGCCGGGACUCAUCGAAAGCUUUAAUCAACUGACGGCCCCGAACCUACCUGUGAUAUCGAUGCGCCAGUCCGCGUCGCCGGUUAGUGAUAUGAUCAAGCUGCACCGACUAUCCACUGCCGCCGCCGCCACAACUCCAACGGAACACCCUGCGACGACAAUCGGUGGCGGCGGCGCUGAAUCCAGCCGAAAACCGCCGCGCCACGGCUUUCUGCGGCAGUCGAGCUGCGACGUGGAGCUGCACUAUCGACCUGCCGGAAGUGGUGGUCAGCAGAAGCACAACACUAGCCGUAGUCAUAGGGAUAGCUUUAGUAGCAAUCGUGCAACGACGACGACGACGACUAUGGGGAUGGCGCUGGCCAGGGAUCCUGGAGACUGUGCGGACGAUCCGCUGAUGAUGGGCGAGCUUAACGAGAGCGACGAGGAGAAGCUCAACAAGCGGAAAUAUAUUCUAGAAUAUCUGAAGCGCUGUUCGGAUCCGGUAAUUGUAUUUCCCUCUACUAGCACGGCGGGAGGAUCCGGAGGCUGCACUGCCGGAACCAGUGGCGGCGGCGGCUUGCAGCACUGUAUCCUGAGCCGGCCGCCCAACCAACCGAUCCAAUUCCCGUACGACGAGGACUUCAUGUACGACGUCUCGCUGCAGCUUGAUCCGGACCGGCACGGGGAGCUUGAUGCAAUAGUGCCUGAACAUAGGAGAAGACAUAAGCAUAGACAUCACCACCAUCGACACUGCAAGAAGAAAAGACACAAGAAGCGGAAAAUCCUGGUUCACGAUCUUGAUGAUCAAAGUGUGAAGGUGAUAGACCCCGACGAUCUUCCGAAGCGCGCCCGCUGGACGAUCAUCGCGACCGCUUUCCUACUGCUGAUAAUGUGCCUCUUCCUCGUGGGAAUCACCCUGCGGAUGGCUCCCAUCAUCGACGAUAUGGGUAAGUCAGCGUGAUAUUCACUGGUAUCGAAAAAACCUUGAUCAAAUAUUAAAAAUACUCGGCGUGCACAGCAGGUAAGUAGCAAAAGUUCCACCCAAAAAAAAUGAAGAAAAA